AUGUGCGAGUUCCUCUUGAGGCACGGAGCAGAGGUAAGGGUGGAAAAGACAAGUUGCAUGUCGUCAGUUCACAUUUCAUGUCUCACUGGCCACAGUCAAUGUCUGCAAUUACUUCUUGAGACCUUUCCACAGCAUGCCAACCAGCCAACAUUACAAGGCAGUUACCCAAUCCACCUUGUAUGCAGACAGAAAGUCUUACAAGUUGUUCAAGUCCUCAUUCAUUCACUCAAGUCAUAUUCUACGGAACCGUUGGAGAGCAUAGUGAACAUGAAGGAUUCAGAUGGACUCACUCCUCUCCAUCUGGCUGUCCAGAGUUUUUCUGUUGAAAUAAUUCGCUACUUAUUCACAUUGACAGAACCAACUUUUUCUGAUGAAACAUUGCAACAAACUGUUCAUGAAGAGAGGAAUCAAGAAUCCGAUGCCGCUAGCGAAAUAAAUUUCCAUAAGAGGGAAUCUGGAGGAGGAAGUUUCAGGAGGAUGGCGUCGGUUUCACCCAGCGUCGUACACGUUGAUGACGUUGACAAUGAUGGAAAAACUGCAUUGCAUAUGGCCGUUGAAAAGUGCAAGGGUUCAGAAAAAUCUGAUUGUCUGGAAAUUGUUAAAAUUCUCUUGCAAAACAGAGCCAAUCCUAACCUAGAGAUAACAGUUAAACCAUCUAGCCUGAACACGACGCAGAACUUUCAAGUGCCUGACAGGACAGCAUCAGUUGCAACAUCGCUGACAACAAAAUCAACCACCAACCCUCUGUUUGAGGCAACAAAGUUACAAGAUGUUGAGUUGAUAGACUUGCUGCUGAUGCACGGAGCUCGCGACGACAACAAGGAAGCGAUCAGAAUGGCCAUCAGUCUGAACAACGAUCACGUUGUGGGACUUUUUCUUUCUUACGUCUCAUUCUUCGAUCAAGAGAGCCGCCCUUUCAUGAAUAAAAAAUUAUUAUUGGAUGUCGAAGAUGAGGUUGAGGAUGUGGCCGAUAAGAAAGUUUUAAAAGGCAAGUGGGAAAAGUUUGCAUCGACUCUCUUGGGAUUGAAACUUGACUGGCACGGCGUUGGUUUGAAUGGGUUAUGUCAGGACUGGUUCAUAGAGGUAGGAAGAAAGUAUUUCAACAAAAAUGUCCCCAAAGAUUUUCAGAGAUGUAACUUGACGUGCUACACUCAACUGAUCACUCGUCUCGAUAUUUCCCACAACUCCAUCACAGAGCUGCCUUAUUUUAUAUUUCAACUAUCCAAUUUGAAGAAGCUGGAUGCUUCCAACAACAAAAUAAAAGAAAUAAAGUUUUGCAAGCAAAGAAGGAAAAGUAAUAGAGAGACUUCAUGUUCAUUGCUUGAUGAGUCGGAAGUGAAUGACGAUGGUGACUCAGUGAUUUCAUCGUCAAUUGAAAUGACAUACAGAGGCAGAGGCAUGGACGAACCAUCUAGCAGUCCCGCACGUAUUCUUCAAAAUUUCAAAAACUCCGUUCUGGAGGAAAUCAACUUACAGAGCAACAUGUUAGAAAAGCUGCCAGUCGAAUUGUUCAAGCUGCCAAAUUUGAAACGAUUGAAUGCUUCAUAUAAUUCGUUAUCCAGAGUUCCUAUUGAGGUUUGGACUUGCAGUACAUUGAUAGAACUGAGGUUGGCUCACAACUUCCUGACUGAUCUCUCCUGUCCUGCGGAUUCCACUAUGAUAACUCAAAGGUUCCUCUGUAGAAGCACCAGCAGUCCAUUUACAAAUGCAUUAUCACCGUUUAAUGAUAGUAAAUCUGAAACAACGCCGUUAGUCAAAGCAGGCAAUAAGUCUGAAGGAAAUUUUUUUCUGAAUCAAGAGGAUACUGCAGAAGAUGAACUAGUCUACAAAUAUGUAAACAGAUGGCAUGAUAAAAUAAAAUUUCAGCCAUCUUUUUAUGAAGAAGAUGAUGACAAUGAAAACAUCUACAAGAAAAAACCCAACAAAAUUCAUUCAAACUUGAAUGCUAGCAAUCGAAUGAACCAGUCUCGAUUGAAGUUUUUAGAUUUGUCGUUUAAUUUAUUUGAAGAGAUUCCUGAUGGACUGUCGUGUCUGGCCUACAGACUGGAGAAGUUGAUCCUGGCAAGUAACCAGCUUAGCAAACUGGGGCCCAUACAUUGCUACCCUGCGUCUCUUCAAGUUCUCGACCUCACACGCAAUCACAUCUCCUACGAGGAUCGAAUGCCACCAAUAUCCAUCCCAUCUCGCUCUCAGCUUGAAACACCAAAGGCAGGAAGUGCCACGAAAAUGUGCAAAAGUCCUUUCUGCGGUUUUAUGUCGACGAGUGUAUCGGGCACUCCUCCGUCUGGUCGACUGACCUCUCGGUCAUCAGCAUCCAAUCUUUCUCUCUCCAUGCCCAACAUGUUCGUUUGCGAUCAUGCUUCCCACUCCCAGCUGCUCAAAUUGAAGACUCUGUCACUCAGUAAUAACUGCUUGGUCUCUUUUGAUUUCCGCCACAAGGGUGAAGAUAAGACUCCCGCCAAACUCUCAUUGCAAGCUCCAAAACUCUAUUUCCCAAGCUUGCUAUCACUCGACAUGAGUCACAACAUCAUGACAUCGGUGCCUAAAGAUAUUUCCUAUCAGGAGGAACUAACUUCACUCAAUUUGGCAAACAAUAAAAUUAAAGAGCUGCCAUGUGAGAUUGGAUCGUUAAGAAAGUUGUGGUCACUGAACUUAUCAGGCAAUCCGGUUGAGGACACGUUGAAGUGCUUGUUGGGUGACAAGAUGAGGACAGUCAGUUCUGUGGUAUCAUAUCUGAGAGCUAUUCGAGACGAAGCUGUUCCAUACAGCCACAUGAAGCUGAUGCUGGUUGGCAAGCAGGGCAUUGGCAAGACAUCACUGCUCAACAUGCUGACCGGGGAGAGGGAGAGUAAAUCUCACUGGGGGACGCGCAUGGAUGGGACGAUGAAGACGCUCAGUUCCAAAGGCUCCUCUAUAUCCACCGUUGGCGUUGACAUUGCUGAGUUGGUACUCACUCGUCAGAAGGAAGAAAUACAUUUUAGCACCUGGGACUUUGGCGGUCAAAGAGAAUAUUAUGCUACCCACCAAUACUUCCUUUCAAAACGAUCCAUAUACCUGGUGGUGUGGAGGCUGACUGAUGGGUUGAGAGGAGUCAACAACAUCUUCAAGUGGCUCAUCAACAUACAAGCACGUGCUCCAAACUCUGCAGUGAUCAUUGUUGGUACCCAUCUGGAUGUUGCCAGGAAGAGCUUGUCAUCUGAUGCCCUGGAGGGUCUGAAGAGCCAAAUAGAAAGAAAGUACAUCAACGUCGAAGCUCCUGAAAGAUGGGGAUUUCCUAAAGUUGUAGGUCACCUGGAAGUCACGUGCAAGAUGAACCAUCGUCCCAGUAUCCUGGCAUUACAGGAAAUGAUAUGGAAAGCUGUUGAUUUGUCACUUGACAAGCAAGGAGUGAAAUUGUUGGAUCAGAAGGUGCCUGUCAGUUACGUGAGGCUGCAAAAUGUUGUCAAAAUAAUUGCUCAGAAGAGGAGAGCUAUCAACAAAGAUCCUGUCCUCCAUGCUGAUCAAUAUAAGCAUGAAGUUAUUGAACUGAUGGAAUCCACUUAUGGCAGUUCCUUUCAGAAUGCGUCGGAACUGAACCAGGCAACUCAGUUCCUCCACGAAAAUGGCAUGCUGCUGCAUUACGACGACACCAACCUCCGUGGCAUUUACUUCUUGGACGCCCAGUGGCUGUGCGACAUGCUGGCCUGCAUUGUCACCGUCAGGGAAAUAAACAGGCUAUCUUGUAAUGGUGUCAUGAAGAUUGACGACCUACCGAUGUUGUUCAAGGGCAUAUCGUUCAAGUCUGAAGACAUAAAGAAGUAUAUGAUCAAUCUGUUGCACAAGUUUGAGGUGGCUCUCCAGUGGGACAUGCACCACCUUCUUCUGCCCUCCUUGCUGCCUCCUGAUAAGCCUGGCUCUAGGAAACUAUUUGCUGAGAUCCCAUUGACUAGCAGAGUUGACAAGUCCCUCCAACAUCAGCAUCUCGUGGAAACAUCAACUGAAAGCUCCGAGGACAUGGCUUUGCCCUCAUCAUCUUCAACAUCCUCAUCAUCAUCAACAGCAAUGGUAUCAACAACAUAUUCAACAGUAUUAACAGCACCCACCACAACAUCCGCUAUGACGAGUCCUAGAAAAUUUUCACUUUUUUCGUCGCCAGUUGCAGCGCAACAAUCAGCGUCAUCGACUUCAACUACAUCUACCACAUUGUCGUUAUCAUCAAAAAUAUCGCAGUCAUUAUCAUCACUUUUCAAUUCUAAAUUACUGAAACAAAAAGACCAGUCGUCGUCAUCAUCACCAUCGUCAUCUUUCGAACUAUCUUCUUCCAAUGUUGUUGCAACUAAAACUUCAAAGAUGCCGUCCUCAAUGUCAUCAGCAUUCAUGCAAGCAGGAGCAACGACAUCAACAACGACUGCAGCAUCAACAGUUACGUCACCUACCGCACAAAUAUCGUCGACUACGACAUUCUCGAAAAUAUCAACAUUUAUUUCAUCGAUCACAUCAACACCGCCUUCAAAAAUUUCAUCAACUGAAGUGGCGGCGACAUCAAAUUCACCUGCAAACGCUGCAGCAACGAAGUCACAGGAGCUUCUAGCCGAUGUAUCAACAACCUCGCCUGCAUCUUAUUUGCUAUAUUCAAAGAUAUUAAGAAAUGUCAACCCAGCUCUUUCGUUCUUUCGACUCUAUACUAUGUCGUACAUUCCUUCAGGUUAUUAUACAAAUGUUCACUAUGAUGUUUUGCUGCAAGGGUUCUGGCCUCGUUUGAUCACACGCCUCCUGGGAGAUGCAACUUAUUCCAAUCUGCUCAGAUCGCUCUACGAUGUUCGCAAGAUUCAAGCAAUUGUGACAUCAUCACUUACGUCAUCAAUGCCCAUCUCUUCUUUCUCAUCCUCCUCCAGCCACACUUUGUCGAGCCUAAAUGAUUUGGACAAUUUGUUGAAGCCGAAUUGGCGAUGUUGGCAGACGGGCCUCGAACUUUGUUACCUCGGCUUUCCAGUGAUGCGCGUCAAGGAGCUCUCCGCAUCAACCACAACUGGCGUUUUCGACUACACGAAAUUUCAAUGCGUUGUUCACGAGGAAUCAGAUUAUACGUGGAAUUCUGUUUUCAUAUUGGACGAAUCCAUUUUGGAGAUUGUCAUCUUUAAUGAAACAUUUGAUUUUGUAACCUUUAACAAUGAAGAUAGCGAUAAAGAAUUAGAAGAUAGAAUGAAUGUGAGAAAAAGGAGGAGAUGGAGGAAUGACACCAGAUGCUCUGUUGAAAAUGAAACAAACAGCUGCAGUAGUAGUACUGUUGGAAGUUAUCCGGGAGAAAAUUCAAUACAAAUAUCAAUGAAUGGUGGUUCACCUCAAUCAAAAAAUAUCCACAUCAACAGCAUCAACGACAGUAUCAACAGUAGCUUCAACAACGACAGCAGCGCCACCAUUAAUAAUGAAUGUGGCAUCUGUAAGUUCAGCAACGGCAUUAAGCUUUCAGAGUCAAAUGAUAUCCGUGGAAAAAAAAUAUCAAAAGUGACCUUCUACCCGUCACAAGAAAUAGCUGUGAGAUUGUUGUCAACAGUUGUUGAGCAAAUUGAUGUUCUUCUCGAAGACUGGUACCCCAACAUUGGAACGAGGUUCACGAAGGAUUUCAGAGGCAUGCUUCUUAUUAACAGGUUGGUUCCAUGCAAUCACUGCUUGAUCCAACAAAAAUUACAAGUGUCAAAUGAUCAGCUGUUGGAUGAUGGUCUCAGUGCCAAUUCGAGAGAAUUUGAAAGCUCUGAGAAUGAUGAGGACGAAGAUGAGUGUCUGUUGAUGAUGAGAACUGAUGAGAAGAAUGCAGCAGCAAGUGGAAAGUUACUGGUGCAGAGAAGGAAGAGCACAGGAACGAUGAAGAGUAGUGGAAGGAAUGACGCAUCACCUGCCUCUAUAAAUAAAACCUGCCACAAGAAAUCUGCACACCUCGAACCCAGUCCUCCAGUCCAGUUCAAAGAUAGAGCAGUUAGGAAGCAGAACAAACGUUUGAGUUUCUCGAGUGACGUCGAUGCCCCUCUGCAAGUUGUGUACUGCUUCACGUUUGAACAGUGCAUACAAGUUGCACAGCAGAACAAAAUCGUCAGCUGUCCGAGACACGGCAAUCUCGGUCCUUUCUACCUGGCUGGACAGGAUGGCCUGCUGCACUUCGGCCAUGUUGCUCCUGAUACGGUUUUUUAUGAUUUGAAAGCUGAUCUGCUCAUCAACACGGACAACUUGCACAGGCAGUCCUUUCUUGGGAAAGGUGCUUUUGGUUCAGUUUUCUCUGGAUACGUUGAUGACAAGAUGACAAACGAGAGAUGCCCUGUUGCCAUAAAGUUGCUGCAGCCUGUCAUCCCAAAUGAAGAUCUGGAAGAUGAAGUCCUCAGACUCAUCAAGAAAGACGUGUCAAUGUGGACCAGGGAACCAGCGUUGAAGUGCUGCGAGGCAUACAACAUCGCAAGGAAGGAGUUGAGUAUCCUCUUGUACUUGCAGCACGAAUCUGUCGUCUCGCUCGUCGGCGUUUGCGUCUCUCCAAUCUCACUCAUUCUCUCGCUCGCUCCCAUGGGCUCUCUUAAUUGCCAUCUCAAAAAUUUUUCCAAGGUUGCAUCAGCUUUGGAUUAUCUUCACUUCAACCAGAUCAUCUACCGAGAUUUGAAAUCGGACAACAUUCUGGUCUGGUCCUUUCCCAGCUGCACCAUCAACGAUAGAAACAACAACAACGCCAUGUUCAGCGACAACUACUACACAAUCACACAAACUCCUGUUGACGUCAAGUUGGCUGAUUAUGGAGUGAGCAGAGUUGUUCUGCCGACAGGAACCAAGGGACUUGCAGGUACAUUGCCGUUCAUGGCUCCGGAGAUCAUACUGCACAAUGGAGAAGAAGCAUAUACUGAGAAGGUGAAGGUUGAUUGCUAUUCUUUCGCAUUGUUGAUGUACGAACUGAUAACGCUCAAGUACCCGUACGAGAACGAUGCAUUCCUGGGCGCCUGCAGACUCAACCUCAAGAGUCACAUUCUCGCAGGAGGCAGACCUCUCCUUGCCACGUGGGACACCAAGUACCCUUCCAACCUUCUCGACCUGAUGACCACCUGCUGGGCUAGCGAUCCACACGAUCGGCUGACCGCUCAUCAAAUUGAAUUCAUAGCCAGACAGCCAGAGUUCUGUACACUGCUGAAUGCUGUGACAUUCAAUGAGGAAGUUCUGAUUGAGGCUGCCUGUCCAGUCGUGACGACAUCUCUUGUUGGCGGCUGUGACGAAGAAGAAUGUUGCGAGGUGAUGAUGUAUGGAAGGACCAAUGCAUCAUCAUCAUCGCUGUCUUCACCAUCAUCAGCCUCAUCGGCAUCAGCACAAAAAGCGCCAACCACCAAACGUGACACCCUCUAUGUUUACAGCCGCUUCAAAAAUGGUGGAGUCCACAUCAAGAAGUUGUUCGUUCAGCCAAGUCGGGUCACCUGUAUGUGUUGUGUGGGCGGUUAUGUUUGGUGUGGAACAGAGGUCUCGAAUGUCAUCAUUUACAGGAUAUCUGACUACUCGGAGUUAGGGAAGGUGCGAGUUUGUGAGGCGCCAACAGGGGUAGGCCACAUUAUCAACCUGGGCUCCAUGCUUUGUCUUCUUCUCAAUGAUGGAACUUUCGUUUUCUGCUCCACCAGCUUCGAUUGUUUGAACAAACUUAAUGAAAGUGAUGAUUCCGACAAUUUAGGGCACUCUUUUGAAAUCAACAACUCCGCUGAUUUGAGCUCGAUAAUAUUGUGCAGACACACAAGUAACAGCAAACUAACUCAUUGUGUUGCAGCUUUCAGAAACAGAAGUAGUAACAACGACGUCGAACUGUGGUGUGGUCAGACACAGGCAAGUGUCUUGGUGUGGAAGUGCAGCGUGGACAUGCAGUGGGUCGAGAACAACGAUUACGUUCUAGAAUACGUUGGAACCUUUAAUCAUUUCACUGCAUAUGAAAAGCCUCAAGUCUUAUGCGAUACAGUUCAAAUUGUUCAAGAUGUUAAUGAAGAUGAAGAUCUUGUUGAUAGUGAUAUCCUCAGCUCAACUUCCCAUCUUUUCUCAUACGUUUACCCAGGUACAACGGUGUUCAAAUGGUCACUACAAAGCAAACAAGUGAUCAGCCAAGUUGACGUUGCUCAUAACUGCUUCCCAUCCAUCCAUCCGGUGAAGAAUGGAUGUUUCAGCAUUACCAGCAUGAUGGUGAUGGGUGGCAGGUUGUACGUGGGCACGUCCACAGGUUCCCUGAUGUGCUUCAGUGGAGUGGACAUGAAGGCAGUGUUUGCAUGCACCCCUUACGCAACGAGUCCGCGUGGAUUGUUCAUUGUACCCCUUCGACAUUCCGCUGAUCCUAUCCAUCAAUCGGCAACUCUAUAUGUGGACGAAUGUCCAGUUGAUUUGUGCCACCCGGGACGGGUCGAUGACCAACUGAGCACAGAUACCGACGAUGGUGAUGAUGGAUUCGUGAAGAGAAGCAGCGCCAACCUUUUCGUGACCAUUGGCGUUGGUUACAAGGCACAGAUCGACGUAGUUGCCAAUUUGUCAUCAGCCAACAACACCGACUAUUGUUCUAUUUUGACGUGGAAUGACGAAAUUCUGAACGAACCAAUGAUGCCCGGUUUAUACCAAAAACAUUUUUAAUUAAGAGAAGAAGACAAAUGAACUGAGGAGCGAGGCAUUUGUAUUGACGACUAAGUACAUCAAUGAUUGUGUCGUUUGCCAACCCCACGAUCGACUAACGUUAAAUAGGUUCUUAUUUCUUGCACGUAUCAUGUCAAGUUCAUCGUUUCUAUUUAUUCAUUUUUGUUUUUACCGUAUUUCGAACCGAUUUUUGUUUGUCUGUAUUGUAUUGUUCAUUCAAUUAAUUCUUAGAAUUACUAAAUUUAUCCUGCAUAUGCGAAUAUUAUUAAAGUUCAAAUUUUGUUUCUAAAGCAUCAACAGUAUCGCGUUAUUUCUCGGCGUAAUUAACUGAUUUAAAAGUUUUAUUAUCAAUGUUUGUAAUAAAUAGCGUAUUAUUUAUGAAACAUCUCAGUAAAAUAAAUUUUUCAAAUUAUAAGCAAAUGAUUCAAUAUUUCUUGUUUUGUUCAUUUAUCACCAUGAGAUUAAACUUUGCAGAAAAACUUUGAUAGACAUUUCUUUCAUUUGAAUUUCUCUUCUUCUAAUUACUUUUCAGUUUUGCUACUUUAACGAUACCCAACAAAUGUUUUUUAACUUAUUAACCUCUGUACGAUUAACAAGCACUUCAUCCUACCUUGUCUAACUAGUCAUCUUAAAGUUAGCUAUGCAGUACUUUUUCUCGUCCUGCAAAUAUUCUAAACUAACGCGUAACUGUUUCCGUAUAAUAUAUAAAUGAUUAUUUAUUCGUAAUUUCAAUUUAAUCUUAUUAAAACUUGUGCAUUUAAUUUGAACAUGUUACGUACUUUGUAUUGUAUUUCAUAUGUACCAUUGAAUUAUAUAAUUCCAUGGUAUGUACUUAUUUGUUAAUGAGUCCGAUUGUUCUAUUGUUGUCAUAUGUCAUGUGAGCUGCUACUUAAAAUUUUCCUAUGGACCGUUUCUGUGAUUUUGAUGCAAUUUAUUGAAAUAAAACACGUUUAAAUUUAUA